GCCAAUGGGCGCUCAGAAGGCGUGGCCAGGCAGGUACGCAUCGCUUCCAGCAAGCCAUCAUGCUAGCAGAAGCCCUGUGUAACUAUCUUUGCCGACUCAUGUAAUGACAUCGCUUAUAGUCAUUUUUUCAGCUACGCCGGGAGUUAGAAUGGAAAGUGGAAUGUGCAUGUAAAGGCCCCUGUCAUCUCUGCCGGGGGAACUCUAUUGACCAGCAGUUAACUAGCCAUUAGCUAGCGCGGCUAAUCACUGCCUGACACAACGACCAGCAGCACAACAGGCAGCAACACACUAAAAGUCGGCGUUUCGACCUUGGACGUGUCUAUCAUUACCAUGGAGAAGGCCGACUUCCUAAAAGGACUUCCCGUCUACAACAAGACCAACUUCAGCAGGUUUCAUGCAGAUUCUGUCUGUAAAGCAUCUAAUCGAAGGCCUUCUGUGUACCUGCCAACGCGGGAAUACCCCUCUGAACAGAUUAUUGUAACAGAGAAAACCAACAUUCUCCUGCGUUACCUUCAUCAGCAGUGGGAUAAAAAGAAUGCAGCAAAGAAAAGGGAACAGGAGCAAGGUGAGGGCGACAGCCCAGCACCACCGAGGAAGAUCGCCAGGACAGAUAGCCAAGAGAUGAACGAGGAUUCAUAAAUGUGUGUUCAUGUCUGUAAAUGUGUGUACGUUUGCAUACGCAGAGUAUAGCUAAUAUUAACUACAAAACAAAAGGAUAAUCCCACCCAAACAAAGAUUUCAGUAUGUUCUGUGCUAUGGCAGAAUGCUUUCCUGGCAUGAAAUUGCCUCAAGGACUUAGAGGAAUAUUACUUGAAGGUGAGAAAUUUGUGGCAUCAACGUUUGUUGCACAAGAAGGAUGCAACUGGAAAUAAUCUUAAAGUCAAUAUUGGACGCUGACAGUGACACCGCUAGUGAGGUAACUGCAUACUGACUUUUUUUUUUUUUUUUUUUACAUUGGCUAGUCCCUGUGUGUGCUCAUGUAAAUGUUUGUAUGCAUGCUGAGCUGUGACUGUGUAUUAUUUGUUAUAUUGUAUGUGUGAAGUGAGUGAAUAGUUGAAAAGGAAUAGAUUUAUCAUCAGAGACGGACUUGGCAGACAUGAACAGGCAGUACCCCUGAAUCCGUGUCCUAGCUGGUGCGCGAGUCGUGUAGCCUUCUGUCACUUGGAGCCUGUCCCGAUUUGUGCAGAGACGUUCUGUUACUGUUUUAGUUUUCUUCUAACUAUUCAUGUACGUGUAUGUAUGGCAACGAGCUUCCUGCCAGCCACAGUGCCCACCCCUCCCAGUUUCACUGCCCGCUCUGCAGCCACCUGGGAGCAUUGUAACAUUUCGCCACACUGUUUGAUUCAACUGAACCAAGAAUGCACUGUGAAGAACAGCACAAAGUAGAAGCAACUCUUCCUGAACUCCCUGUAGUAGUGUGUUUAUGGUGAGUACAGUAUGUUUGUCUUAAGUUGAGUCUGGGACUUGUGCUUGUAGGUUAAUGUUGGUUGUUCUUAAACAAAAUCUAUACAAUACAUCUGGCAAUGCCUUCUUGUCAGUGGAAAUCAGAAGGCAUGGUGGGUUUAGCUUUGAGUUUUUGCUGUUUUUUCAUUAAAUGACGUAGACGAAAAACUGUUGGACAAAGUUAAACAUUAAUACGAAACAACAGUUGUGUAUUCACAUUUUCAGAGGCACAACUUUAUAACAGCACAGACUGUAAAGAACAGUGUCUUCAGUAAUGUUGGGCAAAGGAAGGAAAGAAUACAUUGUGUAAAUAAUUACAGUACCAGAGAUUUUAAUUCUUUGUGUCAGCCUUUGUUUCUUUAAACAUGCUCAUGGACAUGAUAGAAGAGCCUCGUGCACAGUGGAUAACAUCUUGCAUAUUAAUGCAUUCGUGACUGGGUCGCCUAUUCCUGGAGUGGUAAUAAAACUCGAGGAGUCGGCUUGUGUUGUCGUCCGUGCCACCGUGGUACAGUAUGAAGUAUGGUGUUAGCCUAGAGGCCUUAUGACUUGUUAUCUCGGUCGGGACCCAGAGACGUGUGCUUUUCUCCCUGUCUGGAUGGUUUCUGUCUGAGAGCUGGCUCAGACUCACAGGGGUUUAAAGCAGUGUUAUUGUUUCAGCCACAAGCAUGCACGUCGAAGUGCAGCCGCCAUCCUGCAUCGUUCCUGCGUUUCAGUUUGUAUUGGUGUCUGUAAUGUACAACACUGAAUAAAGCUUUUAUAAAAUAAAUAAUAAUAAUAAUAAAGGUUACCACUGCCCAGCAGAGUCACGUAGAGGCCUCCUCUCCUUCCUGUCCCUUCGUAUGUCGAUGCUGCAGUGUGGAUUGACAGCGUGGUCGUCAUCUUUCUACCCAUAGCGUAAAUGAUCCAAUUGGAAGCGUAAAACCAUGUUAUGCUUCUGCUCAGACUGUUCUACGACACCCUAAGCCUUCCCCCGUGUCAUGUUAGGUCACGUUCUUUUUAGCUUUGCUGAAAUAAAACUGGAUAUAAACUGUC